AUGGCUGGCUUCACAACAGAGUUCGCCACUUCCCUCUGUGGUGUAAGGAAACUGAUCGGAAGACUGAGGUUUCAUCCCUAUUACAGAUAUGAGGCUGUAUUUGUUUCUAGUCUUGACCCUGAUGAGCCUUCUCACAGAGGUGGUCUACGGUGCUGACAAGAAGAAGCUCCAAAUCGGGAUAAAGAAGAGAGUGGAAAACUGCCCCAUCAAGUCCCGGAAAGGGGACGUACUGAACAUGCAUUACACUGGAAAGCUGGAGGACGGGACCGAAUUUGACAGCAGCAUACCGAGGAAUCAGCCGUUCACCUUCACCCUGGGGACCGGGCAGGUGAUAAAAGGCUGGGACCAGGGACUGCUAGGUAUGUGUGAGGGAGAGAAGAGGAAGCUGGUCAUCCCGUCCGAGCUUGGGUAUGGAGAGCGUGGCGCACCACCCAAAAUCCCAGGUGGCGCCACUCUCAUCUUCGAGGUCGAACUGUUGAGCAUUGAAAGAAGGUCUGAUUUAUAGUGCACAAAACCCGAAGCCCUGAAUUUAGACCGUACCUGCACUGAAGAUAGCCGCUCGCUGCUGCUGCUCUGGAGAUGAGAAUCAGGAACCAGAUUUUUUUUGUUUUUGUUUUUUCAAAGAAAAAAAAUCCCACAUUAAAUAAAAUUUGACCUAUGAUAUAAAUAAUCGUUGUAGCCGGGUGUUUUCAGCACCAUUCUUUAUUUUCUUAACAAUCUUACUACACACACUUGGAUGUGAGAGUGCAUACAGUACAGGAUUUCAUUCCAGCACACAGGGAUUGCGUUUACUUCUUUACUGUCUAAAAAAACGUUUGGAGUUUAAAUUGUUGAGUCGAAUAAAAAUUUUAUGUACAAAAAAAA